UCUCCCUUAGAAUAUUGCAGUCUUUCAUCAUCUUAGCGAAGCAUCCUUCAACAUAAGCAAAAAAGAGCAUGGGGAAAAACUCCACACAAAGAAAUUUUGGCUGUGGCUUAAUAGCUGCAAUAUUCAGGCCUUCUGCUCCCAAAAUCAAUUAUAGAAAGUUUUCCAACACCCCUGACACAAAAAAACAUCAAGGUAGCUGUAAAGAUGCAACUUUCUUGGGAACAACUUCAUCCAAUAAACACACAAAUUCUUCACCUCAUUCUGACUCCAAGCCAAUCUCUCAUGUUAACCAAAACCACCAAAGGAACCAUCCCGCAAGAGGCUCAUCCAAAGUGUCACAUGCAGAGGGUUAUGUCAACAAUGGAAGAAGGGUCCCUAAAGAAGCACUUGGCAUUUCUGGUGAACUUGAAAGCAUGAUAAGCGAUCGCCAAAAGGGAAAUAGCACCUUUCUUCGUGCAUCUUCUGGCAACGUGAUGAUAUUUGGUAAUUUAGGUAACCUGGGACAAGGAGGGAAUUCCAGUUAUCAUAACCAUGCCAUGCAAAGGGAUGAAAACACUAGUGCUAAUGGAAGAAACAAGGACCGUAAGGUGGAGAAUGAGAGUAAAGGAAGCAAGGAACAACCAGGUUCUCCGUGCAGGACCUUGUCUACUAGAGUGGACCCUGAACAAUUAAAGAUAAUGGGCAAUGAGGAUUACAAGAAUGGGAGGUUUGAAGAAGCCUUGGCUCUUUAUGAUGCUGCAAUUGCAAUUGACCCCAAUAAAGCUUCCUAUAGGAGCAACAAAAGUGCAGCAUUAACGGCUCUAGGGAGGCUUCUGGAGGCUGUGUUUGAGUGUAGACAAGCCAUUCAAAUAGAGCCUCGUUAUCACAGAGCUCAUCUUCUAUUGGGAAACUUGAGCAUGAGAUUAGGAGAAACAGAUAAGGCUCUUUAUCAUUAUAAACAGGCAGGACCAGAGGCUGACCCGGACGAAAUUGCCAAGGUGAAAAAAAUCCAGUUUCAUUUAAACAAAUGCACUGUGGCACGUAGGUUAGGAGAUUGGAAAAACCUGAUUAAGGAGACCAACUAUGCCAUUUCAUCUGGUGCAGAUUCUGCUCCACUGAUAUUUGCAUUGCAAGCGGAAGCAUUGUUGAAGCUUCGUAGGCACCUAUAUGCAGAAGCAAUAAUGUCAAAGGGACCUAAUUUUGAUGUUGAUGGGUGCACCAAGUUCUUUGGACCAAUAGCUAAUGCAAAUUUGUUGGUGAUUCAGGCUAGAGUUCAUUUGGCUGCUGGCAGAUUUGAAGAUGCCUUAGUUGCAAUUGAGCGAGCAUGUAAGCUAGAUUCUAAUAAUAAUGGGGUGAAGAAGGUGAUGAGAAAGGCUAGAGCAGCGGCCAGUGCUCGAUCAAAUGGAAACGAGCUUUUCAAGGCAUCAAAAUUCUCUGAAGCAUGUGUUGCCUAUGGAGAGGGGUUAGAGCAUGAUCCCUAUAACUCGGUUUUGCUAUGCAACCGAGCUGCAUGUAGAUCAAAAUUAGGCCAAUUUGAGAAUGCUGUCAAAGAUUGCACUGCUGCUCUAAACUUGCGCCCAUCCUACAACAAGGCUAGGUUGAGAAGAGCUGAUUGUAAUGCAAAGUUGAAAAGAUGGGAAGCUUCGAUACAAGAUUAUGAAAUAUUGCUAAAAAAGACACCGGAGGAUGAGGAAUUAAGCAGGGCUUUGUUGGAGGCCAAAGAGCAUCUCAUAAAAAAGCGAGGUGAAUGAAGGUCAUCAAUAUGUUGGACAUAUAUAGAAAUAGU